AUGAAAUUAUUUAAAAUAUUUUCUACCACCUUGGCUAUUAGUAUGUUCGAAACAAAUGUAGCUGCAGCAGGCUUUAAUUGCAAGGGCGUGAUAUUCACUUCCGAUCAUAUUGUUGGGGUGAUGAAUCUGGUCUUUGUUUUACAGUUAGGAUCAAUUGAUGGAUACCCAAAACCGUAUAUGCCAAGUCCUGGAGCAAAAGGCUGUGCAGGUUGUCUCGAAUUUCCACUAUCAGAUACACUAAAAAUCUGGAGAGGAGGACCUGUUAAGUACCGUGCUGUGUUCGGCCCGCUGAGAGACACUGUCAAUGUAUUUUCAGAUAUAGAUGGUGGUCAAGAAUGUGUGAGUGCAUAA